AUGGCAAAGCGUAACAGUUUGACAGGCAGAACAAAAAGAGAGAGAGACAGGUUAAGAAAGAGGAAGAAAAGUGAAGAAUGCAAAAUCACUUCAAAGUCCACUGUAAAUGAAACGCAGAAAGACUCCACUAAACCAGAUCUGAAGGAUACAGAAUUUUUAUCCAGCAGCACUGAUAGGCAUGUCUACAAGCAUUUAGACACACAAGAAGAAAGAAAACUGGCCAGAGUCCAGGCCUCUCUUUAUGAGAAAAUGGACUCAAAGGCCCUGAGGCAAUCAUCUCCUCAGGGAAGUCGUCUGUUUGUCGAUAACGCUGACAAGGCACUGUCCCCUGACUCCCCAGCGUGGGUUUGUACUCCAGCGAGAGUACCUGAGCAUGAUGAUGGCUUUAAGCCUAGCUCAGCAGGUCAGGCGCAGCUGAAUUUGUUGGGUGACAAAUUCAGCAGGAAUUCAAAUGAUGAAUGUUUUAUGGACAGUUCAAAGAAUGAUAUAAAGAUUGUUACAAGUGGAAAAACAGACAGUUAUUACAAUGAUAGAAAGGAUGUUAAUAAUGUUAACUCUGCUAUAAAUGCUGAGAGUUGUACAGUGCAAAGAUUGAUUUCUUUAGAUGGAUGCCCAAGUUGUAAUCAAGAAAACAAAUGUAUCUGUCCAAUUUCUGUUCAAGGUUCAUAUCAUCAAGGAGAUCCUUUGUUUGGAGACACAGCUGGUAGUCAAUGUGUAGCUAAUUGCUUAUCAGGUAUGGCAUAUCAUAAAAUCAAGAGCUCUAAAUGCUGGAAAAAAGAAGACAUGGACAAAAUUCUGCAGACUGGUAAUGAGUUGUAUAUGUUUUUACAAUGUAGCUCUACAGUCAAUAAUAGGUUUCUGUUAGUUGAUGAAUUACCUCAUUUGUUUGAGUGUUUCAAUGAAAGUUAUGAAUUUCAUAGAAAAGAACCAAUUCCUAGUAUCAUUUACUUGUCAGGGGAUGAACCAAAUUACCAUGAUUUUGCCGCCUAUCCACUCACAGAUGCUCUAAAAAUGGCAUUAAAUGACACAGAUGGUUGUUUUAUAUGCUUCGGGGGAAACUCAUUAUUGGUUGGCAAAACAGAUGAGGGGUAUUUCUUGUUCGAUUCUCAUUCCAGAUGUCAGAAAGGUUUGCUUAGUGUUGAUGGUAAAAGCACAAGAGUACUGUAUAACAGUAUCAAGCAAAUAUAUUUCCACUUAGAGUCUCUAGCUGUAUCUUUAGGAUUCUCUAGAAUUGUUGAUUGUGAAAUAACAGGGGUGAUUUGCACUGCAAGAUCAAACAUGACUGAAGUUGAUUUUAUUGGUCUCAGUGAAACUUUGAUGGGAAAUGUAACAAGUAUUUCUGAGAGGCAGAAUGAUACUUUGUCUGGAAAUAAAGGAACACAUGCUCAAAAUACUGAUGACAGUGUACUGUAUGUUACAUCUGAAUAUCAGAAACUGAGAUUCCAUCCACUCACAAUUCAAGAGACAAAAGAAAUUUGUAACCAGUUAGAAUUACCUGAUCAAAAAACUGAUAAUGAUCUUGAAUCUAACUAUGACCAAGAAUUGAAAGCUCCGUCAAAAGUCAAAGAAAUUGACGCUGAUGGGAAUUGCUUUUUCAGAGCUGUGUCAUAUUGUGUCACCCAUUCUGAAGACUUUCACAUGCAGAUUCGACAAAUGAUAUGCGAACAUAUGCUUCAGAAUCAACAUCUCUUUCAGUCUUAUCUCAGGCAAGGUGAUAGCUCUGUAAAGUCUCAUUUGUCUUCAACUCAGAUGAUAAGAGAAGGCACAUGGGCAACAGAAAUAGAAAUUGUAGCCGUUUCACAUCUUUUAGAAUUGGACAUUUACACUUACAGUGAUAAUCGUUGGGUGAAAUAUUCAGCUGCAAAUACACACCAAUCUUUGUCAAAGAGAAAGGGAUCUAUUUACUUGGAACACAAGCAUGGAAAUCAUUACAAUGUAGUAUUAGCUACAUCAAAUUCAGCUUCACAAAGGAAAGAGGGUGUUGUAACCAAAGUAGGACAAUAUAAUAGUGAAGGUAACCACAGAAUACACAAACAGCAGCACAAUUUGAAUCACAGAAUGGAUCAUAUGUUCCACAUAGAAAGUAGAAGGAGAAAUGAUAGGAAAAGGUAUAGGGAAAAUUAUGCAAGGAGAAAUAAGAAACUCAAUGAUGCAAGCAUUAGGUAUCAGAAAGACAAGGCAUACAGAGAAAAAUGUAAAAUAGCUAGCAAAAAAAGAUAUGUAAAUAACAUAUCUUACAAAGAAAAAACCAUUGCUAGAAGUAAGAUUAUGCAUAAAAAGAGAGCCACAAAUGAUGAACUCAGAAAAAGAGCCUCACAAUCAGUAGUUAAAAAAUACAGAUCAGAUAGGACCUACAGGAACAAACUAAAACAAAGAAGUUUGGAAAAGUACAGAACAAAUGUGCAUCAUAGAGAAAGAAUGAAAACUCGGAGUAUUGUGAAAUACAAAAAUAAUGAAGUCUUUAAGAACAAGCUUAAAGAACAAAGUAUCAAGAAAUACAGAACAAAUGAAUCAUUCAGAAAUAUAGUAAAGUCUACAGGGAAAAAAAACUAUCACACAAAAGCUGAAGUCAAAGAUGCAAAGAAAGAAAAUGUUCAAAAGCAAAGAAUAAAAGCAAAAUCAGACUUACCAAAUGAAGAUAAAAUUGAAAUGCUGUUUAAGCAGAAUUCAUCCAAAGGUAUUGAUUAUAUUUGCUGCUGUUGUUCUCGUUUACUAUUUGAAAACCAAGUACAACGUUGCGAGCAUCAAAUGUAUGAGAAAAGUUCCAUAGCAGCUUCAAUUGCUCAUGAUUGUAUUCAAGAAAAGUAUUUGCAUGCUUGUUCAGAGAGCUGUCAGAGAAAUUGCACAAAGUCAUCAUUGUGGAUAUGCUAUACAUGUCAUCGGAAAAUUUUGAGUGGUAAAAUGCCCGCAGAAGCAGCUGCUAAUGACAUGUUCCUUGAAGACAUUCCAGAAGAACUGAGCCAUUUAAAUAGUUUAGAACAACAUUUAGUUGCAUUACAUAUACCAUUCAUGAAAGUAAUGGCUCUACCACAGGGUGGACAAAAAAAUGUUCAUGGUCCAGUUGUUUGUGUUCCAUCUGAUAUGAAAAAAACAACAAGUUUACCAAUCACAGUUGAUGACAAUGCAUUGCUUCGAGUAAAACUAAAAAGAAAGCUAAAUUAUAAGGGCUAUUUUGAAUAUCAAUUUGUCAAACCUAAACAUAUAAAAGAAGCAAUCAUGUUUCUAAAGGAGAACAAUCAAUGGUAUAAAGACAUUGUCUUUGAUUCACAGUGGGAGGAAAGUAGCAAAGAUUUGCUGCAAAGUGAUGACAUUGAAGGUAAAUGUGAAGAGGAUUCAAAAAACCCAGAUGAAGAUGUAGAAACUCCAAUGAUAGCAAUGGAUACAUGUUUACAACCUGUGGAUAUUCGCCAAGAUGUACUUGAUCAUUAUUUUGAUGAUAUAUACAAUAUAGCACCAGGAGAAGGAAAAAACCCAAUUCGAAUGUUACAAGAAGAGGGAAAUGAAGCAAAAACAUUUCCAUGUUUGUUCCCAAGUGGAAAAUUUGCAUGGGAUGAAAGUAGAAAAGUCAAAAUAUCCCUCUCUAGAUACUUUAACAACAGAUUGAUGAAUGAAGACAAUCGCUUUGCAAAAGAUACAAAUUACAUAUUUUUUAGCCAGUAUAUGUCCGAACUCAACCAGGUUAUUGAGAAAACUCAAAUAUCAAUGCGCAAAUCAUUCUCAAAAUUUAAAUGUGGGAAGCAGAUUACAUCAGACAUGUUAGGCGAUCCAAGUGUUCUUUCACAGCUAUUGAGAAGUGAUGAAGCAUUAAGGUUCAUGCAGCCAAUUAGAGGUACGCCAGCAUAUUGGUCAGUUGCACAAAAGGAUUUAUUUGCUAUGCUUAGACAGUUAGGGAUACCAACGUGGUUUUGCUCGUUUUCUGCAGCUGAGUUCAGGUGGAAUGACACUAUCAAUACAAUACUUACUCAACAAAAUGACAACAGAGAUCCAAAGCAACUAGAUUGGUCUGAAAAAUGUGAAAUACUCAGAAGUAAUCCAGUGACAGUAGCCAGGAUGUUUGAGCAUAGAUUUCAUGUCUUUCAAAGAGAUGUUAUCUUAUCACCUUCACAGCCUAUUGGAAAAGUUGUUGAUUUCUUUCACAGAGUUGAAUUCCAACAGCGUGGCUCACCACAUAUGCAUUGCUUGUACUGGGUAGAAAAUGCACCAAAAUUUGGCGAAAAUGAUGAGGAAAGCAUAUGUAAUUUUGUAGACCAAUAUGUAUCUUGUGCAGUGCCAUCAAUCAAUCAGCCAGAUUUACGGAAAAUAGUCCUUGAUGUGCAACAACACAGUAAAACCCAUUCAAAAUCAUGCAGGAAAAAAGGGACUGAAUGCAGAUUUAACUUUCCGAGACCACCAUCACAAAGAACGUUCAUAAAUAAACCUGCGGAUGAAGACAAUGAUCAAAAUUGUUCAUCAGAAAAUAGUGGGCCAAAGAUUAGCAAAACCCAAGCAAAGGAAAUUUUGCUUCGAGUGUGGAAUCAUUUACUAGACGAAGCUAAUGCAAACAAAUCUGCAUCUGACAUAUUCAAUGACCUUGAAUUAACCCAAGACCUUUAUGAACUAGCACACAAUAAAGUGACAGCCAAAACAGCUAUGGUUCUGAAAAGAAACCCACAUGAAGUAUGGACAAAUCAAUAUAAUCCAUGUCUUCUGAAGUGUUGGGAUGCAAAUAUGGAUAUACAAUAUGUUUUAGAUCCGUUCAGCUGCAUAGUUUACAUUGUGUCAUAUAUAUCAAAAGCUGAAAGAGAAAUGGGUAUGCUCCUAAAACAAACUAAAAUUGAAGCUGAAGAAGGAAAUCUCAAUGCCCGUGACACAAUGAAAAAAAUUGGAUCUGCAUACCUGCAUCACAGGGAAGUAAGUGCCCAGGAGGCUGUGUACAGAGUUUGUAACUUAAAAAUGAAGGAGUGUUCUAGAAAAAUUGUAUUUAUACCUGUUGGUGACAACCCAACCCGCCUUAGUAAACCUCUUUCUCAAAUGAAAAGGAAAAAAUAUGAAGGAAAUGCUCAAAAAUGUGAUGAUGAUGAUGACGACGAUGACGAAGAGAGUAUUUGGAUGACAAAUAUUAUAGAACGAUAUGAAAAUCGACCAGACAGUGAUAAGUUUCAAGGGAUGUGUCUAGCACAGUUCUGUUCAGAGUUCAGAGUUCUAUCAAAAUCCCAAGUGCCAAAAGGACCAAAUGAGUCUGUGUAUGAGCUGCAGAAUGGAAAAGGUUUUAUACAGCAGAGAACAAGAACAAAUCCAGCUGUGAUCAGAUACCCAAGGUUCAGCUCAGAAAAAUCAUCAGAAAAGUAUUAUCAGUCUUUACUGCAACUUUAUUUGCCACACAGGAAAGAGGAACAACUAAAACCCAAAGGUUUUGACUUGUACAUGUCUUUUUAUGAAAAGGGACAUAUCCGAAUGUCUAAGAAAAGGAAAUUGCAAUCUGUAAAAUCUAUUGUGGAUGCAAAUCGAGCUUGUUUUGCUAAAAAUGAAGAUGUCGUUAACUCCGCUCAAGAAGUAUUUGACAUGGUCGGUGAACCAGAAGAUGCAUGGGCCCAACUCUGUCCAGAGACUGAAGUGAGCAGAAAAGAAUGUAUGUCAACAAGAAAAAGACCAGAUUUGCAGGAAAAUGACCAUAAUGAUGUGCUCCCUGAUAUUGACAAUGUAUUUCCCACAGAAAAUCUCUCAUAUGUAGUUCAGCAAAGUAAUAGCACAAAGCAGGAAAUAUUACCAGUUCUGCAAUCCUUGAAUGAAACACAAAAGAAAAUAUUUUAUCAUGUGCGAGAUUGGUGUCUAAAAAGAGUCGCAGGUGAAGAAAUUGAUCCACUUCAUAUUUUUGUUACUGGUGGAGCUGGAACAGGGAAAAGCCAUCUGAUAAAAGCUGUCCAUUUUGAAGCAGAACGUUUGUUCAGUAAAAAUCUUCCAUCACCAGAUUGUGUUUCCGUAGUCUUAACAGCAUUCACGGGCACAGCAGCUUUUAAUAUUGGUGGAAACACAAUACAUAAAGUUUUUGCAUUGACAAAAUUUUUACCACUCCCGUAUGAACCACAGAAUGAACAGAGUCUUAGUACUCUUAGAGUCAAACUGGAAUCGCUACAAAUCCUUGUCAUUGAUGAAGUGUCAAUGGUAUAUAAGAGGCUCCUUUACUAUGUGCAUGAAAGACUUGUUCAAAUUAAAAAAUGCAAAAAGCCCUUUGGAGGAGUUACAGUUCUAGCUGUUGGUGAUUUCUUUCAACUACCACCAGUAAAGCAAUCAAAAAAUGAACGUCUAUACAAAGAAAAUGGAUCAUAUCCUGAUGAUCACUGGCUAGAACUUUUUAAACUUGUUGAAUUAAAUGAAGUGAUGAGGCAGCGUGAAGAUGUUCCAUUUGCAAUGUUUCUAAACACUUUACGCAUACGAACAAAGGAGGAAAACUUGUCAGAGGAAACCAAACAUAUGCUGAAGAAUUGUAUUAGAGAUGGUCCAGAAGAUGCUUUGCAUGUAUAUUCAACAAAUGAUGAGGUGAAUAACUUCAAUCUGUCUAUGCUGAAAAAGACAUCUGAAGAACUUGUUGAAAUUGAUGCAUUAGACUAUCAGAAAGACAAAACAACUGGAAAACUUUCACUAAGAGAGAGUCCCUUAUCAAGUACCAAGUUAGACGGACUAAGUGCUUCCAUCCUUCUUUCAGUAAAUGCAAGAGUUAUGCUUAUAAGAAACAUCAAUGUAGAUGAUGGGUUGGUCAAUGGUGUAAUGGGUAAUAUCUCACACUUUCUGACAGAACACAAAAAUGGAAAAUCUUCUAUCAAAGCAAUAGGUGUUCAAUUUGAUAACAAAAAUGUUGGAAAAAAAACAGGGAAAAGUGCUGCAAAUGGGCACAUAGUUCUCAUAGAGAGAAUAGAAGAAGAAGUCAAAGUAAACAAAUCAAAAAGUGUUGUUCGUCACCAGUUUCCAUUAAAGUUAUCCUGGGCGUGCACAGCCCAUAAAGUGCAAGGUAUGACAGCAGACCAAAUUGUUGUUAAUUUAGACAAGUCAUUCUCCCCUGGACAGGCAUAUGUUGCACUAAGUCGAGUAACAUCUUUGAGAGGGCUUUUUAUAGAGACAGCAGAUGAGGCACUCCUAGAAAAGAAGAUACAUGCUGAUGCCGAUGUUAAAUCAUCAAUUGAAAAAAUGCCACUUUUGUUUCCAGUCCAAAAUGAAGGAUCAAGUUUGCUAAGUUGUACAAAGAUCAUCUUACACAAUAUUCAAAGUUUAGCUGGAAAUUUUGAAAAUCUGAAACAUGAUUGUCGCUUUUGGAAUGCUGAUAUCCUGUGUUUAACAGAAACAUGGCUGACACAAGGUCAAGAUACAGCAAACUUUCAAAUUGAGGAUUACAAUUUCUGUCAUAUAUCGAGAGCAGAGUCAUAUAAUAGUGAGAAUUGUAAAACAGAUAGAUUACGUACAUCAAACGGUGGAGGUGUUGCAGUGUACAGCAGAAAAAGCUCAAAUGCUGUAAUAAUUCCAAUUUGUGGGAAAAACAUAGAGUGUAUAGCUUUAAAGCUAAUACAAGAGCAAGUAAUUUUGGUGAAUAUUUACAGACCUUCUGUCUUGCCAGCCAAAGACUUCUUGAUAGCAUUAGAAAAUGUGAUGAAAUCAGUAUUAUUACCAAAUUACAGAGGCAUCAUACUUGGGGAUUUCAAUGAGAAUGCAAAAAUUGGUGGACCAGUACAAAAGUUCAUGUUUGAGAAAGGCUUUACACAAGUUGUAAGUUUCCCCACAACUGAGCAGCAAACUGUACUAGAUUUGGUGUACACAACAUGUCCAUUGGAACUUGAGACAUUUAAGGUACCCACAUACUACAGCUAUCAUGAAGCAGUGUUAGUCAACCUGAAAAAGUAA